GUCACAAGGAGCUCCUCUUCUCUCCAGACUAGUCAGACAAAAAAGAUUUCUGCUUGCCUCAAAAUAUCCAGAAACAAACAAGAGAUGGAUGAAGAAGCUGAAAGUGCUGAGCAGAUGCAAGUUAGUGGACUUAAGGAGAUCAAAGAAAGACCAAAAUGGGACAAUAAAGUUCAAUAUUUGCUAACCUGCAUAGGUUUUGCUGUGGGACUUGGUAAUGUGUGGAGAUUUCCGUAUUUGUGUCAAGUCUACGGUGGAGGAGCGUUUCUGAUUCCUUAUGUCAUCGCCUUGGUGUUUGAGGGACUUCCUCUGCUCCACAUGGAGUUGGCUAUUGGACAACGGCUCCGCAUGGGAAGUGUUGGUGUGUGGAAUUCAAUCUCGCCAUAUAUGGGAGGUUUAGGUGUGGCUUCAAUGGCAGUAUCCUUCCUAGUUGGUCUGUUCUAUAACAUGAUCUUGGCCUGGAUCCUCUGGUACUUCUUCAACUCCUUUCAAAAUCCACUUCCAUGGAGGGACUGUCCAGUAAAUUUGAAUCAUACUGGCUAUGUAAGUGAAUGUGAAAAGAGCUCACCAGUCAACUAUUUUUGGUAUCGUCAAACACUGAACAUAACAUCAAACAUCGAGAUCAGUGGAUCCGUACAGUGGUGGCUUGUGCUGUGUCUUGCAUCAGCUUGGUGCCUUGUGUACAUCUGCUUCAUACGUGGAAUUGAGACUAUUGGAAAGGCUAUUUAUGUCACAGCCACUUUUCCAUAUCUUGUUUUGACUAUUUUAUGGGUCAGAGCCUUGACCCUGCCUGGGGCUACUGACGGCUUAAUAUAUCUCUUCACACCAAAUUGGGAAACCCUAAAAAAUCCUCAAGUCUGGUUGGAUGCUGCUACUCAGAUUUUUUUCUCUUUGUCUUUGGCCUUUGGGGGACUUAUUGCUUUUUCCAGCUAUAAUACUCAGAAGAACAACUGUGAGAAAGAUGCCCUAAUUGUUGGAUGUGUGAACAGUUUAACGUCGAUAUAUGCAUCAAUUCCUGUUUUUGCCAUUAUUGGAUUUAAAGCAAAUGAAAACUACAAUGUCUGCAGAAACUGGAACAUACUAACAUUAACAAAUGCAUUUAAUGUUGGGGAUGAAAACAUAACUCUUGAAAACUACAAUGACUGGUUGAACUAUCUCAACACAACGGAUCCCUCAGAGGUCAAAAGCCUCAAUCUAAAGACCUGUAACCUACAGACUUUCCUGGACCAGAGUGCAUCUGGAACUGGACUGGCCUUCAUUGUGUUUACUGAGGCGGUGAUAAGAAUGCCAGGUUCUCAGGUGUGGUCGGUGCUCUUCUUUGUCAUGCUCUUCAGUCUGGGCCUGUCGUCCAUGUUUGGAAAUCUAGAGGGGGUCCUUACUCCUCUGCUGGACCUGCACAUGAUUCCGUCCUGGAUGCCUAAGGAAAUUUUCACAGGGUUAAUGUGCCUCACCUCCUUUACUGUGGGCCUUAUCUUUACCUUGGGCUCUGGAAACUACUGGCUGGGGAUUUUCAACAACUACGUGGGAUCCAUGCCACUGCUCAUCAUAGCAUUCUUUGAGAUCAUCAGUGUGGUAUACAUCUACGGAAUAAAGAGGUUUAAUGACGACAUUGAAUGGAUGACAGGUCGGAGACCAAACAUGUACUGGCAGGUCACUUGGCGCUUCAUCAGUCCUCUCAUGCUUCUGGUGGUUUUUGUGGCAUAUGUCAUAGUUGAGGCUGAAAAACGACCAACAUAUAACACUUGGAACCCAGAUUACGUGAACUUCCCCCUCGCUGAUGUUAAGCCCUACCCUGAAUGGGUUUAUGCUAUGUGUGUACUUUUAUCUGUGCUUCCUGUUGUCUCUAUUCCUAGUGUGGCUUUCUACAAUUUUGCAGGCUUCCUAAAGAACUACAUCAUGAACAGACACCAUCCAAACCCAUAUGCAAAUGAACUGUAAAUGAAAAUUUGUAGCAGCUUUAUCUGAUGUAUGGUUAGGACUACUACAUAUGAGAUAUUGUGUCAUU